UUGAUACUUUUAAACAAUAAGAAUUUCGUUGCCGUUAAAAUGAAUAACUAUUUUACGGAAUAUGAAAACUUGGAGGUGCAUGAGCUAAUGCUCAAAGAUCGGCCCAGACAGGAAGCCUAUUACAAUGCUAUAAUGAAAAACAAGGCACUCUUCAAAGACAAAGUUGUAUUGGAUGUUGGCGCCGGCACGGGAAUUCUUUCUGCCUUCUGUGCUAAAGCUGGCGCACGCUUGGUUUAUGCAGUAGAAGCCUCCAACUUGGCCACCAAAGUAGCGCUGGACUUAAUUGAGGAGAACGGUCUGACCAACAUCGUUAAGGUGAUACACUCCCAAAUCGAAGAGUUUGUGCUGCCGGCAACUGCUGAGAAAGUUGACAUUAUUAUUUCGGAGUGGAUGGGAUUCUAUUUAUUGCACGAGGGCAUGCUGGAUUCGGUGCUAUAUGCACGCGAUCAUUUUCUGAAACCUGAUGGCCUAAUGUUUCCUAGCGAAUGCACAAUUUAUGUAGCGCCAUGUGCAGUACCAACGCUCUUCGAUUACUGGAAGAAUAUUGAUGGCAUUAGUAUGGAACGUUUUGCUAGCGCACUGCGCUCUCAGAAAUCUACAAGACCGGAGAUAACGCAUUUGAAGCCCGAUGAUUUACUGCACGAAGGUAUAGUAUUCCAUUGGAUGAGCUUGAUGGAUGUGCAAGCCUCUGAUUUAGAUGAGAUAUGCUUUAAGGACGUUAUGGCCACACAAGUAGCAGGCAAGCAUCAAGGUUUUUGCAUUUGGUUUGAGGUGCGUUUUCCAGGUGAGGAGUCUGUCAUCCUUAGCACAUCGCCGCUGGCUUCGGAAACACAUUGGAAACAAUGUGUGGUCGUUCUACCCGAAGACAGUUGCGAAGUGCUGGAGGAGAAGUCACCAGUGGCAUUUCAGAUUUCAAUGAAACGAAAUUCAAAUGAUGCAAGAAAAUAUAAUCUAGAAGUGGAGCUGCUUGAUCCAAAUGUUGAAGAGCAUCCCAUGCCCUGCGGUUGCCACAUGACAAAGUGCAUACUGACAGAGGCGCAUCUUAAAAUGAUGGACACAUCGUAGAUUAAUUUUUAGUUUAAGAUCAU